AUGGCUUCGGCCAACAUCUUGAGCCAAACGCUGUCCCAAACGCUGUCCUCAACGCCACUGCAGACACAGUCGUCGUCAUCGACAGCGGCGUUGACACCGCAGACACCGUCUGUCGUGAGCCAACCGGACGCGGACGCGGCGAAGAUGUCCUCCGAGUCGACGGCGACCACAGGUGUGGCGAACGUGUCGGUGACCCAGUCAUCGACGGCCGCCAUCAAGAAUCCGGUCGUAAUUCUGGACAAAACGCGUCUCCAAGAGCUGGUCCAAGAGGUGGACCCCAACGAACAGCUGGAGGACGAUGUGGAGGACAUGCUGUUGACGAUCGCCGACGAGUUCAUCGAGUCGUUGGUCUACACGUCGACGCUGUUCGCCAAACACCGGAAGUCGUCGACUCUGGACGUGAAGGACGUCCAGUUGGCGCUCGAGAAGAACUGGAAGAUGUGGAUCCCGGGCUUUGGCGCCACCGACGACUCGCACCGACAGCACAAGAAGUCCUUCUCCACCGAAGCCCAUAAGCAGCGCAUGGCUUUGAUUAAGAAGACGCUGAAGAAGUUGUAA